UUUUUUCCUUAAUUUCCUAUUCACCCUCCCCCUCCAUUAUUAAACAACUCAUCUUAAACCAUUAAACAAACACACUUGUAUCCAAAUUACACCUUCUUUUUUAUUAUUAAUUUUUCCUUAAUUUGCUUGCUUCUUGCUAAAAUAAAUCUUCUAAAUUGUCUUAGAUUUCAUAAGAUUUCUUUUUCUUUUUUUAUUCAAGAUUACAGAGAAGAAAAACAGUGAAUGUGCUGCUGCUCUUUGUCUUGUUCCUCCACACUUCUGCUUCUUUUUUUCCUUUCACAAACUCCAAUUUUUAAUUCAAUUCAAACCCAACAAAGUUCCUUUGGAAUUUGGGCUUUUCUGCAUCUUUUUAGGGCUGCAAACACAGCCAUGCUUGUCUCUUGAAAGAUCAAUAUAGUUAUAAUUGUUUUAAAGAUUGAAACUUUAAAAUACCCUUUUUCUGUUUCUCUUUCUCUCUCUCUCUCUUUAGGGUGUUUCUUGUUUUUGAUCAUUGUUCUUUAGUGUGUUUUCUGGGCUUGUGUGUUUUCUUGACUAAAUUCACACAAAACAAUGCUGCAAUUAUAUGGUUUUUGAAUUUUUUUUUUUUAUAAAAAUUAAAACUUUAUAUAUAUUUUUUUUCCUGAAAAAGGUUCUCUGCCAACAACUGGCUGUCCUGUUAACAUAAAGUCUUCACAUCCUCAUACCUUUGUCACUAACUUCUGUCACCCCCCAAAUACCCUUUCAGAUUAGGGGCAUGAAGGUUUGAGAUUAAAGAAAAAUGGGUGUGAAAAUGCAAGGGGGGCAUCAUCAUCUAGUGGCAGUGAGUUUGAAUGAGCAGCAAUUGGGGACAAAAAGGAAGUACAGAUCAUAUGUUCCAAGAACAAAUCAAGGGAAAUAUUUAAUAUUAUGGAUAAUUGUUUUUGGGUUUGCUGCAAUUCAUGUUUACAGAAGUAUAGAUGCAGAACAUCAACAGAGGAUCCAAGAAGGCUUGGUUAGUAUGUGUGAUCAAAGAGCAAGAAUGUUGCAAGAUCAGUUUAGUGUUUGUGUUAAUCAUGUUCAUGCUCUUGCUGUUUUGGUUUCUACUUUUCAUUACUACAAGAACCCUUCAGUUAUUGAUCAGGAUACAUUUGCAGAGUAUACAGCAAGAACUGCAUUUGAGAGACCGUUAUUAAGCGGGGUAGCGUAUGCACCGAGGGUACUGAAUUCCGAACGAGAAGACUUCGAAAGUCAACAUGGUGGGACGAUAAGAACAAUGGCCAACAAGGAGCCGUCCCCUCACCGCGAUGAAUACGCACCCGUGAUAUUCUCUCAAGAAACCGUUUCUUACCUCAAUUUGCUAGAUAUGAUGUCCGGCGAGGAGGACCGAGAGAAUAUCUUGAGGGCUCGGUCAACCGGGAAGGCGGUGCUCACAAGCCCUUUUAAGCUUUUGGGUUCUCAUCAUCUCGGAGUCGUGUUAACCAUUCCCGUUUACAAAUCGAAGCUGCCCCCAAAUGCAUCGGUCAGAGAUCGCAUUGAAGCUACCGCAGGAUAUCUUGGUGGAGCUUUCGAUGUCGAGUCCCUCGUUGAAAACCUGCUCGGUCAGCUUGCUGGAAACCAGGAGAUUAUCGUUAAAGUGUACGAUGUCACCAACACGUCGGAUCCUUUGAUUAUGUACGGCCGACAGACUCAAGAAGGUGACCCUACACGUGUACAUGUCAGCAGGCUCGACUUUGGUGAUCCGUAUAGGAAGCACCAUAUGACGUGUAGGUAUCUGCAUGAGGCGCCCAUAUCACGAACCGCGAUGAUCACUGCAGUUUUGGGCUAUGUGAUUGUUAUCUUAGUGGGUUACAUGUUUUAUACGGGUGCCAUUCAUAUUGUUCAAGUUGAAGACGAUUUCGACACAAUGCAGAAGUUAAAAGUCCGUGCAGAAGCUGCUGAUGUCGCCAAAUCCCAGUUUCUUGCUACCGUUUCACAUGAAAUCAGAACUCCCAUGAAUGGCAUCCUCGGGAUGCUUGCAUUGCUUCUUGAUACGGAUUUAAGUUCAACACAAAGAGAUUAUGCUCAAACGGCUCAGGCUUGCGGACGUGCUUUAAUCACUUUGAUCAAUGAAGUGCUUGAUCGGGCUAAGAUUGAAGCCGGGAAGUUGGAACUAGAGGCGGUCCCGUUUGAUCUACGGUCCAUAUUAGACGACGUACUCUCGUUAUUUUCUGAAAAGUCCCGAAAUAAAGGCAUUGAGUUGGCGGUGCUUGUAUCGGAUAAAGUCCCGCAAAUUGUGAUGGGUGAUCCUGGAAGAUUCAGACAAGUGAUAACGAAUCUUGUGGGAAACUCGGUUAAAUUUACUGAACAAGGACAUAUAUUUGUGCAAGUCCAUCUGGCUGAACAUUCUAAAGCGGUACAAGAUGCAAAACUCGAGAGUUGUAUGAACGGAAGAUCUAACGGACCCCAGUCGAAAACGUUAAGCGGCCGUGAAGCAGCCGACGACCGGAACAAUUGGGACAGAUUCAAACAUUUAAUAGCAGACGAAGAAUUCCCGUUUCAAGUGCUAACAUCUGACGGGAACUCUCAGAACGUUAAUCUUAUGGUCUCGGUUGAAGACACGGGAAUCGGGAUCCCGUUACACGCUCAAGAACUCGUUUUCAUGCCUUUUAUGCAAGCCGAUAGUUCAACCUCUAGACAUUACGGUGGAACGGGAAUCGGGUUAAGUAUCAGUAAGUGUCUGGUUGAGUUAAUGGGUGGUCAGAUAAGCUUCAUUAGCCGACCGCAAAUCGGUAGCACGUUUUCGUUCACCGCUAAAUUCACACGGUGCGAGAAAAACACGGUGGCGGACCUGAAAAGAUCUCUUUAUGACGAUUUACCGACUUCUUUUAAAGGGAUGAAAGCAACUGUCGUUGAUACGAAACCCGUUAGAGCUGCGGUAACACGAUACCAUUUAAAACGGUUAGGUGUUUCAGUGGACGUUGUCAGUAGCAUAAAAACUGCAGUUUCGGGUUCGGGUUCUUGUUCUUGUUCGGGUCAACCGGAUAUGAUUCUAGUUGAGAAAGACGUGUGGUUAUCGGGUGAUGAUUUGAACAACGUACCGGUUUUCGGGCACAAGUUAAAAUCGCCUAAAAUGAUCCUUCUUGCUACGAAUGUAACCGGUGGUGAACUUGAUAAAGCGAAAGCCGCAGGGUUUUCAGAUACUUUGAUCAUGAAACCGUUGAGAGCUAGUAUGGUGGCCGCGUGUCUUCAACAGGUGUUGGGAACAGGAAAGGCGGAACAAGGUAAAGUUAUGGCAAACGGGUCGGUUUAUCUUCGGGGUUUGCUUCUCGGGAAGAAAAUAUUGGUCGUUGAUGACAACCGAGUGAACCGUAGGGUUGCAGCCGGUGCGUUAAAGAAGUUCGGGGCUGAGGUCGAGUGUGCUGAAAGCGGGAAAGCAGCUCUCGAUUUGCUUCAAAUCCCGCACGGGUUUGAUGCUUGCUUUAUGGAUAUUCAAAUGCCCGAAAUGGACGGAUUCGAGGCCACACGACGUAUUCGGAAGAUGGAAGACAAGGUAAACGAGCAACAAGACGGGUGUUGUGAGAGUCGAACGUGGCAUUUACCGAUCCUAGCGAUGACCGCGGAUGUGAUCCAAGCCACAUUUGAAGAGUGCCAAAAGAGCGGAAUGGACGGCUACGUGUCAAAACCGUUUCAGGAAGAAAAUCUUUAUCAAGAGGUUGCCAAGUUUUUCGAAUCCAAACCCGCUACCGAUUCAUAAGAAAUCAUAAAACAAAUUUGCCAGCAAGUUUUGCAUAUUUUCUUGUGCUGGUGUGGUGCAUAAUUUCGGAAUGUCGUGAAACCGGUGGUGUAGAUUUGGGUAACCGGUUGUAACCGUAACCAACUUUCGAUCUAACUCGAUUUGCUUGUAGACGGAUUGACCCGUGGGCGUGUUUGUAUAGAUGGUGGUUUAGGGUAAGUGCAAAGAUUGUAUCUUGUGACCGAUUGUGUUGUCUUGUGUCGCUAAUACGGUGUCGGUAUAGAUAUUGUCUUGUGUCACUAAUACGGUGUUGGUAUAGAUAUUGAGAGGCUGCUGGAAUCACACGUUUAGUGUUGCAUGAAUUGAGCAACAUACUUACAUUUUUGUUCCA